AUGAAACUUUCAGGUGAAAAAUUAGUCCCAAAUCAACCAGGCACAAUCACAAUAAUCCCUGAAAAACCAGACGAUUUAUGGCUUUUGUUCAAUCUCAUUGCCAAUGAUGAUGUCGUUUCUGCUACCACAACUCGCAAAAUUCAAUUUUCUUCAGAUUCGACGAAAAAGAAGAGCAGCUCUAGGGUUCAAGUCCAGCUCGAAAUCAAAAUCACAAAUGUUGAUUAUGCGAAAGAUUGUUCAAUUAUACGUGUUCGUGGCAAGACGAUUACGUCGAACGAAUAUGUAAAUCCUGGAACUUUCCAUACUUUGGAGCUGGAAACGAAAAAAGAGUUCAAACUGACAAAGAAGCUUUGGGAUGAAGAAAUGAUUAGGAUUUUGAAGGAAGGGUCGAAUCAAAAUGGUAAGUAUGAUCUAGGGAUAAUUUUAAUGAAGAAUACAUUUGCUGAGAUUUUAUUGGUCGAUAAUAAUGCAACAAGUAUUACUCAUUGUGCAACUAUACGAAACGAAAAAACUUCGAAAAACAACUCGAAUUUGGGGAAAUUUUUCGAUAACUUAUUUGUUUCGUUCAGAAAAUAUAUCGAUAUGAAUGUCAUACCUUACGUAGUAAUUGCAAGCAAAGACUCUAUCAAGGAUGAUUUUCGAGCUUACUUGUUGCUUGAGGCUCAUAAACGGAAGAUAAAAUUCAUCGAGAGAAACAUAUCAUGUAUUCUCAUGGUUAACCAUAACAAUAUUAAGGAUAUUUUGAGUGAUAAAGUGGUCACAAAUAUGAACACAAACACAAAGGUGCUUGAACAAUUCAUGAAUAUGGUGAUAAAUAAAUCCGAUUGGGUGUGUUAUGGUACUAAAAGUGUUGAAUAUGCACAUGAGUUGCUCGCGAUUGAGACGCUUUUGAUCACUGAAGAACUUUUGGAGAACAAGGAUAUUAACUUGAAGAAGAAAUACUCAAAAUUGAAGAAAUUAGUGCAAGAAACUGGUGGAAAAAUUGUACAAUUUAGCGAUGUUGAAAGAGAUAAGACUUGCGCAGAUGACUGGAAUUGCUGCAAUUUUGAUGUUUCCUAUUCCUAA